GAUUUCUUGAUGAGAACUAUUCGAGUAGACGGCCGAAAUGUUGCAGUUCAGCUAUGGGAUACAGCCGGUCAAGAAAGAUUUAGAAGCAUUACGAAAUCCUAUUUCCGUAAAGCGGAUGGUGUCAUGCUCUUGUAUGACUGCACGUGUGAACAUAGUUUUCUGAAUGUACGUAAUUGGGUAGAAGAUAUUGAUGUAUCGUGCUUCUACAACUUGAUGGCGGAAAAUUCUUCUUCUGGAAGGAAAGCGGCAAUGCAAAGAAUACCCUUGAUGAUUGUGGCCAACAAAACAGACCUUAGAGCGGUGGCUAUCAAAUCAGGAGCCACGUGCAUCACAACAGAGCAAGGGGAAAAAUUGGCAAAAGAUUGUGAUACAACGUUCAUGGAAGCGAGUGCUAAGGAUGGUUCUAAUGUGCUGCGUGCGCUAUCUAAUCUCAUUAGGUCGAUGUCAACUUAUCAAGACCUCCAGAUGUCAGCUUCUACCAUGCAAUUAUGCGAUCUCAAAGACAAAAAGUCAAAAGGCUGCUGUGGAAAAUGAAACAAGCACAUCUAUUAAGUUAAAUGCAACGAGCACCAUUUGUAUUUAAUGCAUUCCAAAAUCAACAUCACGUGUUAUUUUUGCUAUGUAGUAUUAAAACACUCUUACCACGUGUGCUUGAUGCAAUCAUGAACAUCUAAUAUGUGCUCGAUUUGUACGUUAAAAAUGAGAAUGAUUAUCAGAUUUUCACAUCAGUUAUUUUUUCUCAAUAUGAUUAAGUGCUUGGGAGAAAUGCUGUUGAAUGAAAUAAUUACUGGAAAGAAGGACUUCGUACGAUUAAAAUAGUUACUAGAAGGAAGGACUUCGUGGAAUGAAGAAACUUGUGCAUAAAUUCCCUAAUGAAAAGUCAUAAGAAACAGUUCGUGGAAAGUGGUGAUGUUGCCUUUGUAAACUGCUGAAACGUUGUCAUAUUUACCUUGUAUUUUAUUUUACUUUAUUUAUUUUUUUAAUCUAAUUUCCUAUUACCUGAUGUAUUCUGUAGUUCAAACAAAUACUGCAAAUAAAGAAACUUUCUUUGAAGUAACUCUAGAAAAAAAAUAACAAGUCUUGCUGAGAAGAAAUAUUGUUCCUUGCUGCCAUUGAUGAAGAAUAAUAAGCAAUUACUCAACAAGAAUGAAUUUUCCACGAAGAAAAUUAUGAAAAAACAAGUCAUUAGCAAAUAUAUGGUUGUCUAAGGUAACUGUUGCAAUAGAAAAGCAAGCGCUUGUUAUCUGUUGACUAAUGUUCCGCUGAGCAGAUGAUGCAAAAUAUUUUUGAUCACGUGCUAAAUUGAUAUAAGGUUGCUUCAGAUAUAAUAUUUGUUGAUAGCAGUGACAAUAUCGCAAAUGGUGAAAAAAAACAUGCCUGAUGAAAAAGAGUUGCAAAUACUUAUUCAAAUAACUAGAAUGUUCUGCAAAGCGACCGGUUUUCGAGUACUAGCCAAAUGAUAAUAACAUUCCUUCAGAGUACUGUUGAUAGUAAUAGCAAGAGCUUGUUUAAAGGAGGCAAUGAACGUUGCCUAAGCAACUGAUGAAAAAGAAUAACAAGUACUCGUUUGAAGAAACCGAACGAUCGGCAAAGCAACGAAUGAGAACGAUUCUGAAGCACCUGCAGAAAAGGUAUAACAUUGUUUGAGAUUACUGUUAAUAGCUGUAACAAGGGUUUGCUAAAACGAAAACAUCACACAAAGAAAAUGAUGAAAAAGAAUAUCGAACAUUUUUUGAACCAACCGGAAUGUUCUGCGAAGAAACGAAUAAGAAGGGUUCUUAAGCACUAGCAGAAACCAUAUAACAUUUCUUUAGAUUACUAUUGAUAGCAGUAACAAGAGCUUGCGCAAAUGCAAGGGAAGUUGUCUGAAGUACUGUUUGACCACGGAUUGUAUGUAAUUUGGCAAUCGGCCAAGUUAAGGCGAUUCCGUCUGAAUGAAUCUAGCAGGGGAGACGGAAAAAUAGCGAUGGAAUUUUGAUGCACGCGUUUCAUAAUUUCACUAGAGCCUUAUUUAUUUAUUGUCUUCAUUGAGGUGUAAAUGAGUGGAAACAAAAGGAGUUUCUAUGGAAAUAACAAAAAGAAGAUAAAAUGUUUUCAUUUCGUUCGGAAAUGUAAAAGCAAAAUGGUAAGCUCAAAAACUAUGUUGUAAACAAAAUAAAUCAAUUAACUUUUGAGUGGGAAAAAAGAUCGAAUAUAGUUUUGAUUUAUUUAAAUUAUUACAGUGAAUAAAUUGCCAUUUUUUAAAAACUGAGUCGAAAUAAUUAAGAGAAAAACGCUCACAUCUGUAUCAGAGAAACUACCAUCCCUGAAAGGUAAUAGACACAUCCAUUUACGCCUGCAAUCCGGAUAUUAGCCUUUCCACAUAAUCGAUGGUCAGACAGUAGUUGAAGAAAUGGCUGGAAACCCAAACGCUGGCUGAAGAUAUUCCCGAGAGACUGCUGCAACAGCAAAGAAAAAAAUAACCAGCUUUUGCUGGUUAUUAAAAUGUUAAUUACUAAAGUUUUAUAGUUUUUUACCAACAAAAUUAUUUUCGAUAAAACACAAAUUAUUGUUAUAUGUUAACCGAAUUUGGAAAAUAAGUUUUAUUUUUUUGUUUAUCUUGAACUUUAAAGCUGUUCUUUUUUAUUUUUUUGUCUAGAAUUAACUAUAUGUUUAAGAACAUAGUUAAAAUAUUGUUAAAUAGGUGGCGCUGCAAGUUUUGAAAAUAUUUUCAUUUUCCUUUUUGCUCCUCUAUUUCACUUCCCCCACAUUUCCCUACUUCAUCUAAUGAGAAGAAUGUUGUCUCAAGUAACUUUUAAAAACUAGUAACUAGCAUUCGCUGAAGAAGAUAUUGUAAGAAAAUUGUGGAAAUUAACUUUACAAAGUAAAUUGUAAUAAGAAUAAUAUCCUGUGCAAAAAUUUUGAAAAUGAAGGUUGAAGAAAAUUACGGACGCAAAAAGUGAAAUGAAUGACCAGACUUCAUGCUUACAUUCUUAAACAAGCACUUGUUUAAUAGAAGAAUUGUUACACGAAAUGUUCAAAGCAACUGAUGGUUGCUGAAAUGAAGAGGACUUAGCUUUAAAAAAUAAUAAUACAACUUUGAAGUAUGUGUAAACUUAACGUUUGCACACAUGAAUCACUUUUUAUUAAAAGGGUGUAAGUCAAAUUUUUAUUUGAAGAUAGAUACAUUGAUUUGUGUUAAAAGGGCAUUUCUGUGUCUAUUACGACACAAUAAACCAAUUAACAUAACGUACGUUCUUUCAUGUGGAAAUUUUCCUCAACAUGAAUUUGCUUUUAUUUUUUGGGGGAAGAAAGAUUAUAAUUUUUGACUUACACCCUUUCAACAAAAACUGAUUUACAUAUGCUUCUGUUUUAAUUAGAAACACCCAUACGAAUUUGGAGUAACUCUAUCAAAGUAAAAGGUCAAAAUACUACUGAUACUAACUGAUUUGAAAAUCUAACUUCAUAACUAAUAUUCUUAUAGUCUGUUUCUGCAACAAAUAGUCUAUGAUAUUAACGUUACUAAGAAAAAAUUCAAGAUCAUGUUUUGAACACAAAAUCGCAACAGAAAAGAUAAGUUUUGGUUUGUGAUUUUAUUUAGCAGAAAUUUCUAAAUAAAUAUUUGUGUUAGAUGUAAAAUAUGUUUCAUGUUUUGAAAUAUUUUAAUUCAAGCUUUGAGCAAUAAACGUUU